UGCUCACUGGCAGGAGGAUCGGGCGAGCUUCACAGGCACUCCCCAGAAAUCCUGACACUGGCCAGACGUUACACACAUCCAGAGUGGCUUCGGGUGCAGUGGCCACCUUAUGCUCUCCUGAGCACCCCUUCUCCACAUACGGAUGAGCCAGGCUCUUGACCCAGAGAUGGAUCUGCCUGUGAACCUCACCUACUUUACCAUCUCCACCCCCGCCCCUUUGGAGACUAACCUCAGCAUUGAUGCAGAAGACCCGCGCCCCAGCCCAGCCCUCCUCUCCGUCUUCGGCGUGCUUGUUCUGACCUUGCUGGGCUUUCUGGUGGCAGCGACACUCGCCUGGAACCUGCUGGUCCUGGCGACCAUUCUCCGCGUGCGCGCCUUCCACCGCGUUCCGCACAACCUGGUGGCGUCCAUGGCCAUCUCGGACAUGCUGGUGGCCGCUCUGGUUAUGCCGCUAAGCCUGGUGCACGAGCUGUCUGGGCGCCGCUGGCACCUGGGCCAGCGGCUGUGCCAGCUUUGGAUCACAUGCGACGUGCUCUGCUGCACCGCCAGCAUCUGGAAUGUGACGGCCAUCGCGCUGGACCGCUACUGGUCCAUCACCCGUCACCUGGAAUACACGCUCCGCGCCCGCAAGCGUGUCUCCAACGUGAUGAUCGUGCUCACCUGGGUGCUCUCCGCAGUCAUCUCCCUGGCCCCGCUGCUCUUCGGCUGGGGGGAGACCUACUCUGAGGUCAGCGCAGAGUGCCAGGUGAGCCGCGAGCCCUCCUACACCGUGUUCUCCACCGUGGGCGCCUUCUACCUGCCGCUCUGCGUGGUGCUCUUCGUGUACUGGAAGAUCUACAAGGCCGCCAAGUUCCGCGUGGGCCCCCGGAAGACCAACAGCGUCUCUCCCAUAUCAGAAGCGGUGGAGGUGAAGGCAUCUGCCCAGCAGCCCGAGAUGGUGUUCACCGCUCGUCACGCCACCGUCACCUUCCAGAUGGAAGGGGACACGUGGAGGGAGCAGAAGGAGCAGAGGGCCGCCCUCACAGUGGGCAUCCUCAUCGGGGUGUUCGUGCUCUGCUGGACCCCCUUCUUCACCGUGGAGCUCGUCGGCCCCCUGUGCUCCUGCGAUGCCCCCGCCCCAUGGAAGAGCGUCUUCCUGUGGCUGGGCUACUCCAACUCCUUCUUCAACCCCCUGAUCUACACGGCCUUCAGCAAGAGCUACAGCAGCGCCUUCAGGAACCUCUUCUCCAGGCACCACUGAAGGCCCCCCCACCACUGCCGAGCUCAUGAAACCUCCCGCGGCGGCCCCUUCC